AUGUUCUCCACCACCAUCAGCUCACUCCAAGAAACCCCCUGCACACCCUUUUCCUUCAUCCAGAUGCGUAGACAAUCCCCAUCCACACAGAACAAACACAAACAACCAUCCAAAGAAACCAGGUCAACCUUCCAGUCCUCCUUCACGUUCUCCGGCCAUGCAAACAAUUUUACCAUCCUUAAACUCAGCUCUUCUCUGCACGACCCAAAACACAGCACCAUCCGCAAAUGUCCCCUUCCAAAAGCUAUACCCGCGCAAAUCAGGUGGGAUCCCUCUGGUCUCCGACCAAGACCGGCUCCCGAACGAGUAGACCGCAUAGCGGUCGUCAUCGUCAGAGAUAACCAACGCCUUGAGGCCGCUCAUGGUGACCUGAUCGUAACAGAGACCGUAACAGAUUUCCGAACCCAUGGCGUCAAACUCGCUCGGUACGUCGAGCAGCAUCUCCUCUCGAGUGGUCGGGUUCCACAAGAUCAAGACCGAAGCGCAAUGGCUGGCCAUGAGGAGCAAGCCGUCGCAGUCGAACACGACGUAGGCGCAGCACUGGCUGCCGGGACAUCCGAGAUCCCAGUCCGCCGCGAGUUGGAAUCCCUGGUCCGCCGCCUGGAAGAGGUGGAACCGUGGGAAGGUGGCGCUGGCGCCUUCCACAAGAGCUUCUGCAGCUUGGAUCGGCGGAGUUGCAGUCGGAGGAAGUCGGAAUCGGAGGAGAUGGUGGCUUUCAACCACUUCGACACGGCUUUCAAUCUGAGGAGCGACUUGACGGGUAAUCUGCCGAGGAUAUCUCGGAUGACCUCGUCGGGGAGAGGCUUUCGUUAUGUAGCCGAUUUCUUCGUCUGUGCUGAUGCGGACAUUAUGCGUAACCGACUUGCUAUUUCGGUAAAAGAGGGCCGUAAAGCAGGAUUUGGAGCCCAACACUGUUCCAUUAAUGCCCUCCACUCGGCAUCACAGUAG